GUUAGUAUUGAACGAAAAACUCACAACGGAAAAGCUAACAGUUGAAGAAAAGCUCCUUCUCCUUCUCCUUCUCCUCCUUCGAUCUAUUACCAUCAUUACACUCUCAAUUCUCAAAUCUCAACCCCUUUGGGCUUUGAGCUUUCUCAAAAUUCUCCUUUCCUUUUCCAUUUUUCACGUGAAAUUCAUUCCACUUUCUUGCAACCAUGAUUUCCUCAAGCAAAAUCAAAUCCGUCGAUUUUUACAGAAAAAUCCCUAGAGAUUUAACUGAGGCAUCAUUAUCCGGAGCAGGGCUAUCCAUAGUAGCAGCUCUCGCCAUGAUAUUUUUAUUUGGAAUGGAGCUUAAUAGUUAUCUGUCUGUCACCACCUCUACACAAGUGAUUGUUGACAAGAGUUCUGAUGGGGACUAUUUACGUAUAGAUUUUAAUAUCAGUUUUCCUGCCCUCUCCUGUGAGUUUGCAGCAGUUGAUGUGAGUGAUGUGCUGGGCACAAACAGGCUGAAUCUAACAAAAACAGUUCGCAAGUUUUCUAUUGAUUCAAAUUUAAGACCUACUGGUGCUGAAUUCCAUUCAGAACCAGCUGCUAACAGCAUUAAGCAUGAUAAUGAAGUAAAUGAAGAAUCUGUUGAAGGUUCUGUUGUACUCAAAACACAAAAUUUUGAUAAAUAUGCUCAUCAGUUUCCAAUUACAGUUGUUAAUUUUUAUGCUCCUUGGUGUUACUGGAGUCAACGCUUGAAACCAUCAUGGGAGAAGGCAGCUAAAAUUAUUAAAGAGAGAUAUGAUCCGGAAAUGGAUGGUCGUAUUAUUUUGGGGAGGGUAGAUUGCACUGAAGAUGGAGACUUGUGCCGGAGCCAUCACAUACAAGGGUAUCCUUCAAUUCGUAUCUUUCGUAAAGGAAGUGAUGUUAGAAGUAACCAUGGACAUCAUGAUCAUGAGUCCUAUUAUGGAGAUCGUGACACAGAUAGCCUAGUCAAGACAAUGGAGAAUUUAGUUGCAUCUCUCCCUUCAGAAUCUCAGAAGUUACCUUUGGAGGAUAAAUCCGAUGUUGCGAAAAAUACAGAAAGACCAGCACCAUCAACAGGAGGGUGUAGAAUUGACGGAUAUGUGCGUGUCAAGAAGGUUCCUGGAAACUUGAUCUUCUCAGCUAGAUCCAAUGCUCAUUCCUUUGAUGCUUCUCAAAUGAACAUGUCACAUGUCAUAAACCAUUUAUCUUUUGGAAGGAAAGUAUCACCUAGGGUCAUGAGUGAUGUGAAGCGCUUGAUACCUUACGUUGGUAGCAGCCAUGACAGGCUGAAUGGUCGAUCAUUUAUCAAUACACAUGAUUUAGGAGCAAAUGUUACUAUGGAGCAUUACCUUCAGAUAGUUAAAACAGAGGUGAUAACUAGAAAGGAUUAUAAAUUAGUUGAGGAGUAUGAGUACACAGCGCACAGCAGUGUGGCACAGAGUUUACACAUUCCUGUUGCUAAGUUCCAUCUUGAGCUCUCCCCCAUGCAGGUCUUAAUAACGGAAAACCAGAAGUCCUUUUCUCACUUUAUCACAAAUGUCUGUGCUAUUGUUGGAGGCAUUUUCACGGUUGCUGGAAUUAUGGACGCGAUUUUGCACAACACUAUAAGACUAAUGAAAAAAGUUGAGCUUGGCAAAAAUUUUUGAUAAGUAGUUGACAAUUUAUUAUAGCAUAGGACUUUUUUGAUUUCGCUAGAUCCAAUUUAGCGAGGAGGCCUUUUGGCAGAUUGUUAUCAAUAGAUCCACCAUAAAGUAUAAAAUAUUUUUUUUUUUAGUUUUUGAUUCAGCAAAAUGAUCAUUACAUGGAUUGGGAACUCCAUAAAUGCAUCCUGUUUUUGCCUCCACUAAUUUUUUGCACUUGGUUAUGGUUGAUAAAAAAUGCUGCUGUGAUAUAGGAUGAUUAAUGAUUUUUUUUUUCUCUUGCUUUUGACUCCAUUAAUAUAUUAUAUAAACUUGGUUACUUGCAUAAGAGGUGAGGGGAGAGCACCUCAGGUGGAGAAUGAAUAGGUAGCGAACAUGACAUCACAAUUCACGCUCGGCAGCA